AAUUGACAUAUGACGUGACAAUUUGAGAUUUGUGAUUUUUAUUGUAUUGAACGAUAAAAGUUUUACGAUUUUUUAAUUCAAAAUUUUGAUAAUAUUCCUCUACAAAAUUAAAAAUUGAUCUAACAACUAAAUUAGUGUAAAUUCUUGUGGUGCUCUAGUUGUUCGAGACGAAAACAAGUUCAAAAUCUAGUUACCUGGCAGAAUUUAGACGGCUUCCAAACUACUGAAACAAGAUGGUGUCCAAUAUUAAACGUAUGAGGUACGUUUCGGAAAAUUUAACAUCCUCCGAAGACGAGUCGUCCGAUCAACAGUAUUUCGCAGAAGUGAGAAACGGUACGUCGUCUAAAAAUAACGAUUAUCUGUACGAACCUAAUUUUCAGGACGCUAAUUUGCACGAAAGGCGCAGCAGAAAGCCGAGGUGCUUGUCGAAAAACGCCUUGUUGGCGAGAGAAAACCGUUUAAAAAAGAAAAUGUACGUAAGAAAACUCGAACAGGAGGUGUCUUCGUUGAAAAGUGAUAACAAAAAGUUAGCAACUGUCGUUAAAAAUCAAUCAUUAUUCGUAGCCGAUUUAAAAAAGGAGGUCAAAUAUUUAAAAAGCGUUAUAUCUAACAGUGGUGAUAUUAAAAAUCUGAUUAGGAACAUUCAUAGUUGUGCAGGUAUGUCGGUAACAUCAUCCUUGGAUUCGAAUUUGAGAUUGACAAAUAUUUCUGUUCCCAAGAACACUUUAACUCCGUCUGAAUCAGAUUUUAUUACUACACCCGAUUGUUUGCUCGGGAACGAUUUAGAUUUCAAUCUAAAUUUAUACGAAGACAUUUCGAAUUUCCCGUCUCUAUUUCCCGAUGACAUCAGUAAUGUAAUGUUAACCCCGGAUAUGUCCAGCUUGAAGGACCACAAUUACACCAGUGCAAGUAACGAAGAAGAAGAUGAUGUUGGUGUUUGUUUGCACGUCUCCAAGCACAAUGUUUCUUUGGAAUUUUGUAUGAACUGCAACGAGAACGCCCAAGAAUCACGGAAACAACUUUAAAUUUGUGACACAUAAAAAUGUCUGUAUCUUUACGGUUUCUUUAGCUUAAGUUUGGGUGUAAUUUUAACAGAGAGUAAUGCUUCCUUUAAAGUGAACUUUAAUCGGAAGAUUAUUUCAAUUAUUUUUUUUACUCACUUUGUAUGAUUGUUUUAAUUGAUAACCACUUUAGAAGGCAUUACUUUUUUUUUGUUAAUUGGCCAUUUAUAUUUGUAGAUAGACUUUGUUGAGCUCUUUCCUUACGAUUUUAUUAUUGUUGAGUUGUUGCUGGAUAAGUUUUUUUAAAUUUCAGGACUUAAAUGGUGUUGGAGUCGGUCCAAAGAUGAGGCGCAGAAGGGUUGAAGUUUGAAUUGCACCUUCUCGUCUAUAUGAAAAGGUGGGAUUAAAUGUACGCACAUUUAGCUUCUGAAGUGCUUUUCGUACUCGAAAUUUUAUUGGCGAAAGCUAAAAAUAUGCUGAAUUUAGAAGCGAAUGAAAUAUUUGGCAUAUUUUUUAUUAAAGAAAUUUUAGUAUAUAACACUAAAUUGUGUUUUAUAAAUUUCAUAAUUGAAGUACUUCAGAAGAUUUUUUCCUAAAUUGACGAAUAUUCAGUUGUAUUUAAAAUCGAUUUGAUUUCAGUCUAAGCAAAGCUGCCUUGAAUUGGUCAUGAUCUGGCUUUUGUUGGAUAAGUAUUGUAUAAAACAAAGUGGUAUCGUUCCAAACAGCCAAUUUUUUUCUAUAAACAAAUGUAAAGAAAUUUACUUAUUAAUAUUAAUCAAACGAAAUGUUAUCGUUUUUCCCUAACAAUAAGUAAUUUCUUGAACAUCUUCGAUUAGAAAAAGAUUGGCGCUUUCCGUGAAUUUCCUUUGAAUCACUUUUACUAAACAAUAUGGAUAUAUUUUAAUUUCAGCCUCUGCGUUAGUGUUUGGAAGAAGGAGUUUGGAGGCUUCAUUUUUUUAUUAAUAGGUAUGUUUAAUUUCGUGU